ACCCGCCGGGGAGGGCUCAGGAACCUUCGACACCAUACUCAUCUCCUGAGCCUUUCCCCCGCGGUGGGGCGCCGCGCCAGCGUCCACCCACGAUGGCGGCGGGGUUAUUAAUAAGGAGCCCCCUGCCCGUUGUUCUCUUCUGCGUCCUCGCCGCGGCCGUCGCGGCGGCGCCCAAUGUCACCUCCGACGAGGAGUACUGGGCGGCGCGCGCGGAGGCGGCCCGCGCCAGCAACCUCGCGGCCUACGUCAGCGAUCCCGUCGCCGCCAUGAACCGCUUCAACGCGGAGACGCUCCGGGCCACGACGCGGCGGUCGCUGGGGCGGUACCAGGGCCCGUGCAUGGCGACGAACCCCAUCGACCGCUGCUGGCGGUGCCGCGCCGACUGGGCGGCGGACCGGCGGCGGCUUGCGCGGUGCGCGCGCGGGUUCGGGCACCGGACCGCCGGCGGCGCGGGCGGGAAGAUCUACGUGGUGACGGACGCGAGCGACGACGAGAUGGUGAUCCCGCGGAAGGGCACGCUCCGGUACGGCGCGAUCCAGGACCGUCCGCUGUGGAUCGUGUUCGCGCGCGACAUGGUGGUGCGGCUCCGGCAGGAGCUCAUCGUGAACCACAACAAGACCAUCGACGGCCGCGGCGCGCAGGUGCACAUCGUCGGCGCGCAGAUCACGCUGCAGAGCGUGCGGCACGUGAUCAUCCACAGCGUCCACAUCCACCACUCGGCGCCGCACUCGGGGGGGAUGAUCCGCGACUCGAAGCGCCACUACGGGCUGCGCACCCGCAGCGACGGCGACGGCAUCUCCAUCCUGUCCUCCAGCAACGUCUGGAUCGACCACGUCUCCAUGUACCGGUGCUCCGACGGGCUCAUCGACGUCGUGAACGGGUCCACGGCGAUCACCAUCUCCAACAGCCACUUCACCAAGCACGACCACGUACUGCUGUUCGGGGCCAGCAACGACAACCCGCAGGACGCGGCGAUGCAGGUGACCGUCGCCUUCAACCACUUCGGCAAGGGGCUCGUGCAGCGGAUGCCCCGGUGCCGCUACGGCUUCUUCCACGUGGUGAACAACGACUACACGCACUGGCAGAUGUACGCCAUCGGGGGGAACAAGAACCCCACCAUCAUCAGCCAGGGCAACCGGUUCAUCGCCCCCGACGACCCCAACGCCAAGGAGGUGACCAAGAGGGAGUACACGCCCUACGGCGAGUACAAGGAGUGGGUGUGGAAGUCGCAGGGGGACGUGAUGAUGAACGGGGCCUUCUUCAACGAGUCCGGCGGGCAGAACGAGCGCAAGUACGACCAGCUCGACUUCAUCCCGGCAAAGCAUGGGAGCUACGUCGGGCAGCUCACCAGGUUCGCCGGCGCGCUCAACUGCCGCGUCGGCGAGCCCUGCUAGGCUUGGUUCGAUCGAGUCGAUGGCAUUUCUGGGAUCGAGGACGAAGAAGAGAAACCAAACAACCAUACAUAGGUUCUGGGUGGACAUGUAACCAUCAUGUUAUUAUAUGCCCGUUUCUCGAAAUUAUGUAUGCCAAGGAUGAAAAA